AUGGACACCUCGCAUGACAGCCAAUACGCCCCUGGCAACACUGCUUUUGAGCCCUUGAAUGAAGAAGUGGACUCGAGGAGCCCAACAUAUCCCUCGGGAUUGAAACUAGCCCUCGUAUUUUGGGCUUUGUGCUUGACUGUAUUCUUGGUGGCUUUGGAUCAAACGAUUAUCGCUACUGCAAUCCCAACUAUUACCUCCCAGUUCCAUAGCGUCGAAGACAUCGGAUGGUACGGUAGCGUAUUUCUCCUCACGAACUGCAGUUUCCAGCUCUUUUUCGGCAAGCUCUAUACUUUGUUGUCAGUCAAAUGGACCUUUGUUGGCGCCGUAUUAGUUUUCGAGGCUGGCUCAGCCAUUUGUGGCGCGAGCCCUAACUCCGUCGCCCUCAUCAUAGGGCGAGCCAUUGCUGGGAUUGGGGGCGCGGGUAUUUUCUCAGGCGCUUUGAUCAUCAUCGCUAAAUCAGUGCCCCUUUCGAAGAGACCAGCCUUUACUGGAAUAGUCGGCGCCGUGUGGGGUAUAGCAAGUGUAGUUGGCCCCUUGUUAGGGGGCGCCUUUACAACUCAUGUGUCCUGGCGCUGGUGCUUCUACAUCAAUCUUCCAAUCGGUGCUAUAACUAUCCCUUUCAUUAUUCUUUUUCUUUCCUCACAAAAGCCACAAAACAGGCCUAAGCUCGAAGGCUGGGCGACCUUAAGCCAAUUUGAUCCCGUCGGGACGAUCUUUUUCGUUGCGUGCAUCAUUUGCCUCUUGAUGGCACUUCAGUGGGGAGGAACGCAAUACCCCUGGAGUGAUGGCCGCAUGAUUGCGCUACUGACGGUAUUCGGAGCGCUGAUUAUUGCUUGGGUAGUAGCGCAAUGGCGAGCCGGCGACAAUGCUACAGUACCCCUUCGUCUUCUGCGGCAGCGCACAGUUGUCUGCUCGACGUUUUAUAUUUUUUUUGCAAGUGCGUCGUUUGUCUUGCUAAUAUACUAUUUGCCAAUUUGGUUUCAGGCAAUCAAAGGGGAUUCUGCCGACCAGUCCGGCAUCCAUAACCUCCCCACUGUUCUGAGCGUCGUGAUAUUUGCAAUAGCGAGCGGCCUGGGCGUCUCAGUGGUGGGGUAUUACAGCCCAUUUAUGGUUGCGGGUUCAAUUAUAAUGGCAGUCGGCGCUGGUCUAUUUCUCCUAUUCAAAAUUGACACUCCAACGUCGAUGUGGUUUGGUUUCCAAGUUCUCUUCGGUGCAGGUGCCGGUGUUGGAAUGGAGCUGGCGAACAUUGCUGUUCAGACAGUUCUUUCCGAGCAGGAUGUCUCCAUCGGGACAUCUUUGGUGGUCUUUGCUCGCUCUCUUGGGGGCGCCAUCUUCGUCUCCGUGGGUCAGAAUAUUUUCAGCAACCACAUUAUCACGGGAAUGCGCGCCCACGUUCCUGAGCUGGACCCAUCUAUCGUCCUUCAGGCCGGAGCGACCGAUCUUCGCCGUACAGUCAUGCAAGCCGCUUCGGGCCACGGUGCGGUGGUUACUCGGGUAUUAGAGAUCUACAACGACGCCAUCGUCCAGACCUUUGUAGUCGCGUUGGCCUUGGCCUGUGUCUCCAUUCUUGGUGCCAUGGGUGUCAAAUGGCGAUCCCUGAAAAGCACCCCCAAAGAGCGAAACUCGGAGGAAGGUACUGCACGCGUGUAA